UUAACCGCAAGCGAAACUCCGAGGACUAGUGUGUGUAUAGACGUCAACUGAAUUGCUUGUACGAGUAUUGUAAGUAAAUAGUUUGUUAUGUUGUGACAAACAUUCGUACCGGCACUAGUAAUCAUGUGGAAAACUCAAGAAGAUUUGGAUACUGUGCUUCUAUCCAUCGAGAAUGACCUCCGUCAGCAAGUGUCGGACAUGCGCCGACAAUGGCCCAGCUUCCAGCCGCGCAUGGCGAUCGUGCAGGUGGGCGGGCGGGAGGACUCCAACGUCUACAUCCGUAUGAAGCUGAAGGCGGCGGAGAACAUCGGCAUCGUUGCUGAGCAUAUCAAGCUGCCACGAGACUGCACCCAGACUGAGCUCCUGGGCAAGCUGUCCGCUCUGAACGACUCCCCGCUGGUGCACGGCAUCAUCGUGCAGAUGCCGCUGGACUCCACGCACACCAUGGACGCCCACCUCGUCACCGACGCCGUCUCUCCACUUAAAGACAUCGAUGGAUUGAACACCAUGAAUGAAGGGCGCGUUGCCCUCGGCGAUAUGUCGGGCUUCAUCCCCUGCACGCCUGCCGGCUGUCUGGAGCUCAUCAGACGUACAGGCAUCACCAUCGCCGGCAAGACAGCCGUGGUGCUGGGUCGCAGCAGGAUCGUGGGCACGCCAGUCGCCGAGCUUCUCAAGUGGGAGCACGCCACCGUCACUGUGUGCCACUCCAAGACGAAGAACUUGAGCGAAGUGACAAAAACGGCGGAUAUCCUGGUGGUGGCAAUAGGCAAGGCGGAGCUCGUUCGCGGGUCGUGGAUAAAGCCAGGCGCAGUCGUUAUAGACUGCGGAAUCACUGCUAUCCCCGAUCCGUCAAAGAAGUCCGGCCAGCGACUGGUGGGCGACGUGGCGUACUCAGAGGCGGCACAGGUAGCGUCGCACGUGACGCCCGUGCCCGGCGGCGUGGGGCCCAUGACCGUGGCCAUGCUCAUGCGCAACACCGUCAUAGCCGCCCGCCGCCAGCUCGAGCGCUCCACCGCGCCCGUGUGGCCGCUGCAGACCCUGCGCCUCAACACGCUUUCUCCUCCACCCAGUGACAUUGUUAUAGCGCGCUCUCAAAAGCCAAAGCACAUCAGUGUUCUUGCGGAGGAAAUCGGGCUUUUCCCCAACGAGGUGUCGCAGUAUGGCAACACCAAGGCAAAAGUAUCACUUUCCGUACUGGACCGCUUGAAGGAUCAACGCGGUGGAAAGUACAUCGUUGUAGCUGGAAUAACACCGACUCCACUAGGCGAGGGCAAGAGCACCACGCUACUGGGACUAGUGCAGGCUCUGGCAGCACAUCGAGGGCGCAACGCCUUCGCUUGCAUGCGACAGCCCAGCCAGGGACCGACCUUUGGCGUCAAGGGUGGCGCUGCGGGAGGAGGCUACUCACAGGUCAUUCCUAUGGAAGACUUCAACCUUCAUCUCACGGGUGAUAUCCACGCAGUCACCGCGGCCAAUAACCUCCUAGCAGCACAGAUGGAUGCCAGAAUCUUCCACGAGUUGACCCAAAAAGACGGCCCGCUGUAUGACCGCCUUGUACCAAAGAUAAAGGGCGUCAGGAAGUUCUCUGCCAUUCAGCUCAGAAGGCUCAAGAGAUUGGGUAUCAACAAAACGGAUCCUGAUGCUUUGACGCCGGAAGAAAGGACCAAAUUCGCAAGACUGAAUAUCGAUACCUCGAAAAUCAUGUGGAACAGAGUUGUGGAUCUGAACGAUAGAUAUCUCCGCAAGAUUACAAUCGGUCAAUCGCCAACCGAGAAAGGUUUUACACGAGAAAGCAGUUUCGAUAUAUCCGUAGCUUCAGAGAUUAUGGCAGUUCUCGCCCUGGGUACCGACGUUGAGGAUAUCAAAGAGAGACUGGCUAACAUGGUGGUGGCUUUGGACAAGAGUGGUAACCCUGUCAUCGCUGAUGAUCUGGGUAUAACUGGUGCCCUGAUGGUGCUCCUCAAGGACGCGUUCGAGCCGACACUGAUGCAGACGCUGGAGGGCACGCCGGUGCUGGUGCACACGGGGCCCUUCGCCAACAUCGCGCACGGCUGCUCGUCCAUCCUGGCCGACAAGAUCGCCAUGAAGCUGGCCCGCGCGGACGGAUACGUGGCCACUGAGGCGGGCUUCGGCUCUGAUAUUGGCAUGGAGAAGUUCUUCGACAUAAAGUGCCGCGCGAGCGGGGACACGCCGCACUGCGCGGUGAUCGUGAGCACGGUGCGCGCGCUCAAGAUGCACGGCGGGGGGCCCACCGUCAGCCCCGGCCUGCCGCUGCACGACGUCUACUUGCAGGAGAAUUUGGAGUUGCUGAGCAAAGGUUUGUGCAAUUUGGGCAAACACAUCAGUAACGGAAUCAAAUUUGGAGUCCCAGUCGUCAUAGCUGUGAAUAGACACGGCAAUGACACAGAAGCGGAAUUAAACCUGGUCAAAGAGUACGCGGUGAAGAACGGAGCGUUCAGAGCAGUGAUAUGCAACCACUGGGCCACAGGCGGCGCCGGGGCGCUGGAGCUAGCUGACGCAGUGAUCGCCGCCUGCGACACGCCCUCCCGCUUCGAGUACCUCUACCCGCUGGACGUGUCUAUUGAGGAGAAAAUACAGACGAUUGCCAAGGAAAUGUAUGGCGCUGGACAGAUUGAAUAUACUGAUGAGGUUUUGGCAAAGAUUAAAGUUUUCACUGAGAGGGGCUACGAUAAGCUAGCGGUUUGUAUGGCCAAGACGUCGAACUCGCUGACCGGCGACCCGAGCGUCAAGGGCGCGCCCACGGGCUUCACGCUGCGCAUCAACGACAUCUUCGUGUCCGUGGGCGCCGGCUUCGUGGUGCCCAUGGUGGGCGAGAUAUCCAAAAUGCCCGGCCUACCUACCCGCCCUAGUAUCUACGAUAUAGAUUUGAACACGCAGAGCGGUGAAAUUGAAGGCCUUUUUUGAUUUGUAAUGAAAUUGUUAAAUAUACUCAGAAGCACAAUUAUCCACCCACUUUAAUAUACUGUCGUCAUAUUAAAGUGGGCGGAUAAUUGUGCAUCAGAGUAUAUACUAUGAAAAAAGGAAUAUGUCAAUUGUUUAAUGUGCAAUAAAAUAUGUAAUGUAUAGUUGUAAGUUGUUAAUAGUAUCAACUUAUGUUUUUUUAUGAAUUCAUUAAAUAAAUAUUUGUUUAAA